AAAGGAAAAGCUCUGUAUUCCCACCCAGUCCAGGACUGAAACAGUGUAGAACAAGAGCCUCUCUCUCCAGCUACAAAACUCCAGCUCCCAGAAGCAAGGAGAGAACUCUGUCAGGCAAAGGAGACAGCCUCUAGCCAGAGCCUGGGGCAGUGUGUCCCUCUCCACCCUGUGACCCUGCGGACCACAGCUCCAGCCUCUAGAGAGGCGAGCGCAGAGGGAGCUCUGAGCGAGGUGCGUUCGGAGCAGUUGCUGCGGGUGCGACCCUGGCGCGGGUGCCACAGCCACAUGAAGCCUGCUGGGGAGUGGAAGCCAGAGUGCAGCAAAGCGGCUGACACUGAAGCGGACCGCGUCUCGGAGAGGCACUGACUCCCAGAGGGACCCCUUUCCUUGUGCCUGGCAGACAGAUUUCCCUGGGGUCCCUGAUUCUCCUGGAUAUCCACAAUGGUGUUCCUGAAGUUCCUUUGGAUGGGUUUCCUCUGCCACCUGUGCCAGGGCUACUUUGAUGGCCCUCUCUACCCAGAGAUGUCCAAUGGGACUCUGCACCACUACUUCGUGCCCGACGGGGACUACGAGGAAAACGAUGACCCUGAGAAAUGCCAGCUGCUGUUCAGGGUGAGUGACCACCGGCGCUGCUCCCAGGGGGAGGGGAGCCAGGCCAGAAGCUUGCUGAGUCUCACCCUUCGGGAGGAGUUCACCGUGCUAGGGCGCCAGGUGGAGGAUGCUGGGCGCGUCCUGGAGGGCAUCAGCAAGAGCAUCUCCUAUGACCUGGAUGGGGAAGAGAGCUAUGGCAAGUACCUUCGGCGGGAAUCCCACCAGAUCGGGGAUGCCUACUCCAACUCCGACAGGUCGCUCACUGAACUGGAAAUCAAGUUCAAGCAGGGCCAGGAACAGGAUAGCCGGCAGGAGAGCAGGCUGAACGAGGACUUCCUGGGGAUGCUGGUCCACACCAGAUCCCUGCUGAAGGAAACGCUGGACAUUUCCGUGGGUCUCAGGGACAAAUACGAGCUGCUGGCCCUCACCAUCAGGAGCCACGGAACCCGGCUAGGUCGACUGAAAAACGAUUAUCUGAAAGUUUAGAUGGGAGGAUACAAGUGCCAGGCACAGGGAAUCCGAGCUGCCCUGCUGAGGAGGGUGGGGGAUUAGAACGGGCUCUCAUUUUCCUAUGUCUGCUAUUUUUUUAUAUUCAGAUUUGCACUUGGAGGAUAAAUCUGAGGUCAUCUUUAAUAAGAGAGCUUGGAGAAUUGAGUGUAUUUUUGCUCUUUGGUGGGAUUUUCUGUUUGUGUACAUUAUUUAUGUUAUUAUUAUGGAUUUAUCACCUGGAGAGAACAAUUUAAAGCAAUGAAUGACUUCUGCCUUUCCUAGAGGACUUUAUAACCCUGUCGAGAUACCUAUUCCAGCCACAUCAAAAAGCACAGUUUGUGCAGGAGAUACUGAUUAAACUGCCCUGACCUGGAGAUGGUGUUCAAAUUCGCCAAGAGCAGACAGCAGAGUGCAUAGCUCCUUUCCGCCUUCAGCCUCCUGUCUGGGGAUCAGAAAGCUGUCAGAGUUAUAUACAUUGCAGCAGAGGUCCAAGGUGCUGCUCUGCACACCUACUGGCCCUCGGGAUGUGUUUGCUUCUUCUCCUUUUCUCUUUUAUUUAUUAGCCAAGAUCUGCAAGUUUUUUCAACUUUUGUUUCUUGUAAGAAUUUUGGUGAGAAACUGUAGGCAAAUCAUCUGUUACAAGGAGAUUUCCAAAGUGCCUCGGUGGGUCUACAUCAGUUCAAGUGGCCACUUUUCAGAAGUUUAAACUUUGUGAGGACUGAAGUCACAUGGAUAUGCUGAUUCACUAUUUCUCAAAUUGUAUAGCUUUGCUUUAUGGUCAGUUACGCAGUCAAAUGCAAAAAAGUAGAGAGAUUGUUUGAAUACACCCCCAAAUGCCUAUGAAACGGUUGCCAAUGUAAUCAUUCUCACUCGGGGAGUUUUCCUUUUGUUUACUUAUGCAAAGUUGUACUUUAAGGGGGGGGCUCUAACUAAACAGAAUCCCUUAGCUAAGUUUUAUUACUCAGUCAAUAAAUGUGUUUUCAUAUAAUACUGGCUUAUUUUCUAUUUUAUAUCUGCAGUUUUCAUAUUUCAAAGAGUGGGGAUUGCCAAAAGAGAAAAAGUGAGAUUUAAACCAGUUGAAUUAAAGCACAGAAAUUAAAGCAUCAGAACAUAUUUGACAGUUCACCUUUAGAGGAAAGAGAAAAAAACUACCCACGUGGAACUUUUUAAUCACAAGUUUUCCAACAAGCUUUAGUUUUUCUCCAGCAUUCCUCUUACUUUUGAUAGCCUCAACAGGAAAACUUUUUGACAAGGCUCAGACCUUGCAUGCUCUCAUGAUGUACAAAGAGAAUCAGUUUCUGGGUUAUAGUAACUCCAGUGGUAUUUCAUGGUUGUAAAGCUAGGUCUGUACUAUUUAAUUAAUGGCUUUAAAAGGCAAAAAUUCCAUUCUGCGUGUUUUUCACUGAGUAAUCAAUCUUCAACCUCA